UUAACAAGUCUUUACUUAAUACUUGUUCCGAUAGUGCGUUUACUUUGUCUAUUCUUUAUAAAACAACGAUCAUUUUAACGUAUCAAAUCAAUUCUUCUCACAAGUUUUUCAAAUAUAUAAUAACGUGAUACUGUAAAUCAUGUAUUACAGUAUGAGUCGUCAAUUAUAUUACAUUCGUUAUAUUUUAAAUGCAACGUUUAAAACAUAUAAGGGAAAUGUUAGAUUGUUAAAUACGGAUAAACAAUUAGAAAUGCCACCUUAUCAACAUAUACCGUCUGUUUAUACGGGACCAAGUUACGAUAAUGUAAAAGCCGCAUACGAAUCGAACAUAUCACCUAGUUAUAAAAUGUAUUAUAAGAAGCCAUUGUUAUUAUACGAAGGAAAGAAUCAAUGGGUGUGGGGUCACGAUGGCAAACGUUAUUUAGAUAUGUUCGGUGGUAUCGUUACUGUUUCUACAGGACAUUGUCAUCCAAAAAUCGUAGCUGCGAUAUCGGAUCAAGUGAAAAAGCUUGGCCAUGUAUCAGGACUCUAUAUGCAUCCUAGUUUAUACGAAUAUACAGAAAAAUUAGCUGCAAAAUUGCCGGAAAAACUUCGAGUCAUUUAUCUCGUCAAUAGUGGCUCCGAAGCUAAUGAAUUAGCAUAUCUAAUGGCGAGACUUUAUACUGGCGAACAGAAUAUCAUUUCAUUGAAUAAUUGUUAUCAUGGCGGUACUUAUGGAACCUCGGCAACGACUGCUUUAAGCACAUGGAAAUAUGCUAUUUCACAACCACCUGGUCAUAUACACGUAUGUAAUCCAGGCUUACAGAAAUAUCUUCCCUGCAAUUCGAAAUGCAAAGAUUGUUCUGUUCCGGGUGUAAAGGACACCUGUAGUUGCAGCAACGAUGAAUGUGUCUUACUCACUAAAUAUUUAGAAGAAUUUAAAGACACUUUUCGUUACAGUUUGCCCAAAAAAGGAGGUGUUGCUGCAUUCAUUGCAGAAAGUAUUCAAGGUAUCGGAGGUGUCAUACAAUAUCCACGGUUAUUCUUAGAAAAAAUUUAUGAGAUUGUUCACGAAAAUGGUGGUCUUUGUAUAGCUGAUGAAGUACAAACUGGCUUUGGUAGAACAGGCGAUCAUUUUUGGGGUUUUCAAAGUCAUGGAAUUCAACCUGACAUAGUAACAAUGGCAAAAGGCAUUGGAAAUGGAAUUCCUCUUGGUGCAGUUGCAACUACUAUUGAUAUUGCUAAUUGCUUGAAGAGAGCACUUCAUUUCAAUACCUUUUCUGGGAAUCCAAUUAUUUGUGCUGGAGGAUCAGCAGUGCUUGAUAUAAUUGAGAAUGAAGGUAUGCAAAAAAAUGCCCUUAUUACUGGAACUUAUCUGUGUCAACAAUUGAGUACCUUAACUCACGAUUUUUCGGAUAUCGUGAGUGACGUACGAGGAAAGGGUUUUAUGAUAGGUUUAGAAUUGGCAAAAAAUAGUAGAACAAAGAAAUAUAUUAAAGAGGAACAUAUGCGCGACAUAUUUGAAGAUAUCAAAGAUAUGGGCGUACUUGUGGGAAAGGGUGGAUUAUUUGCAAAUGUUUUAAGAAUAACACCGCCAAUGUGUGUUACAAAGAAAGAUGCAGAUUUUACAGUGAAUGUUAUCAGAAGAGCACUCCAACGAUAUCGUAAAAAAUAUUUAUACGAGAUUGCACUUCUUGGAAGAGUAGAUCCAUCUUAA